UUGUGGUCCACAGUCAGACAGGUUUGGAACGACAUGAGGACGGCUGAUAUCUCAUGAGAGCUGACAAGUGCCUGCUUUACCUCACUGCUUCACUCCGCCCCUUUUCCAGAAGAGGGCGGAGCCUUUACAGCUCGUGCAUCGCGUGCUCUGGCAACAACAAAACUGGAGAAUCUCACGCAGCCAAAAUGUUAGAAACGAUCAGUAGCGGACCAGUGUUCAGCUUUACAAGUUGUCGGACAGUGAUGGAGAGACUCGGGAAGAAGUUACAACUUUUACAAUGCAACUGAACGUUUCUGAAAGUUGGAAACGGCUGGAAUGGGAAACGCCACGACGGAUAACAGCACCUCGACACAUCCCGACAGAAACUCCACGAUGCCGGAGAACCCGCUGGAGGUUCAGGCGGUCACCAUCUCUCUGUCUCUGCUGAUCUGCGGGGUGGGAAUCGCCGGGAACGCCAUGGUGGUUUUAGUGGUGAUCCGUAGCAAGCACAUGAUGACCGCAACCAACUGCUACCUGGUGAGUCUGGCGGUGGCCGAUCUGACCGUGCUCCUGGCCGCCGGUUUGCCCAACAUCUCCGAGGUCGUGGCUUCGUGGAUCUACGGAUACGCCGGCUGCGUUUGUAUCACGUUCCUGCAGUAUCUGGGCAUCAACGUCUCGUCUUGCUCCAUCACGGCCUUCACCGUCGAGCGCUACAUCGCCAUCUGCCACUCCAUCAAAGCCCAGUUCAUCUGCACCGUGUCCCGAGCCAAGAAGAUCAUCGCCUGCGUUUGGAUCUUCACGUCUCUGUACUGCAUCAUGUGGUUUUUCCUGGUGGACACCAAUGAGACGGUUUAUGGGAACGGCGUCGUGGUCCGCUGCGGCUAUCGGGUGUCCAGGAACCUCUAUAUGCCCAUCUACUUUCUGGACUUCACCUUGUUUUAUGUGGUUCCUCUCGUCGUGGCGUCGGUUCUGUACGGUCUGAUCGCCAGGGUCUUGUUUCGAGAUCCGCUGCCGUCGAAUCUCUCCGAGCAAAGGCUCUCCGUCCAUCAGAGCCGACGAAAGAGUUCAGUGAAGGUGUCCUGGAAAACUAACAGUGCAGCCACGUCCAGAAAACAGGUGACGCAGAUGCUGGCGGUGGUGGUGGUUCUGUUCGCGGUGCUGUGGAUGCCGUACCGGACUCUGGUGGUGGUGAACUCGCUCAUGGACCCGCCGUAUCUCAACACCUGGUUCCUCCUCUUCUGUCGCAUGUGCAUUUACACCAACAGCGCCGUCAACCCCAUCAUCUACAACGCCAUGUCGCAGAAGUUUCGCGCUGCUUUCAAGAGGCUGUGCGACUGCAAGCGCAGGUCAGACCGACAGGGCCGAGCCGGAAGAUGUGUUUACUACAGCGCCAUGAAAGAUCUGUCCAGGAACACACACACGCGUGAUCUGAGCGCGGUGAUGGCAGCAGCCUCGGAUUCAUCUGUCACAAUAAGUGAUGCAGUUCAUCAGUUAAGAUGAUUUGCAUGCUUAUGGAACCUAGUUGUGAGUUAUGCAUUCUGAAUUGUGAGAUAUAGACCUAUAAACGUGCAAUUCUGGGAAAAAAAGUCAGAAUUAUGAGAUAAAAAUAUGCAUGUUUUUAUUAU